CCAGACAUCACUGUUCUCGCAAAACACAUUAUCGGCUGAAGUAAACAUUUUUGUUUCAUGGCCAAGAGAGAGAAUGAUCCCGAUGCUGUCCCAUUACUUCAUGCACCGAGCAGCGCUAAAGUACCGGCUCGUGUCACUAUCUCGUACGAGAGAUCGCAUUCAACAAGCGGAAUGCGAACGGCAAUUCUCAUAUGGUUGACGCUACAAAAUAGCAUUCACACUCUAUUGAUACGAUACUCUCGUGCACGAGAGGUCGAACAUAUGUUCCUGUCCACAGUGGCUGUAUUUUUCACAGAAGUAAUGAAAUGUGUGGUUUGCCUAGGAGUUGUUAUGCAUGAUGAAUCACCAAAAGGAUUUUUUCCAGCUCUGCUGAAUCAAGUGGUUCGACAACCUUAUGAUACGCUAAAAGUUUGCGUACCAGCCAUGGUGUACAUUGUUCAAAAUAACUUAUUUUAUGUUGCUGCCUCACAUCUCGAUGCUGCUACAUUCAUGAUCACUUCGCAACUGAAAAUCUUCACGGCGGCUAUCUUCACCGUCAUCAUAUUGAAACGUUCACUGACACGGACGCAGUGGUUUGCUCUUGCUAUACUCUUCGUUGGAGUGUCCUUGGUGCAGCUGCAAACUUCCAAAACGGAUUCGUCUGGUAUGGAAGGCCAACGACCCUUCAUAGGUUUCCUUGCGGUUGUGAUCGCUUGCUGCCUAUCAGGAUUUGCUGGCAUUUACUUCGAAAAGAUUUUAAAAGGCUCUGCACCGGUCUCUCUGUGGAUGCGAAACAUCCAAAUGUGUGUCUUCGCGAUUCCAGCGUCAUUUGGGGGUGUCAUGUGGCAGGAUGGGAAAGUUGUUAUGGAACAUGGACUUCUAUACGGAUUUGAUUGGGUUGUGUGGCUGACUGUUUUGUGGUAUUGCGUGGGAGGUCUGUCUGUCGCCGUUUGCAUAAAAUAUGCGGACAACAUCGCCAAAAAUUUUGCAACUUCGGUGGCGAUCAUCCUUGCCACCAUUGGUUCCAUGAUCAUCUUCAAUUUCCAACCGUCACCAUUAUUUACGUUAGGAGCCACACUCAACCCGUGCACACAAAAAGUAGGACUCGUAUUCUUAUUGUACUUUGCUCAAGAGGCAUCACCUGCGGCACUUUCGAGAAACACUUUUAUCGCAGUUUUAUCCCAUUCGUGCUUUCAUCGUUGCUGCCUGACAGCCACGCCAAUCGAUGAGCUGCUCCAACAUCUGCUUGUCUCCGGUUGCCCUACGGGGUCAUUCGCUGCUGCCAGGCAAUAA